GCUCGACCACACGCUCCGUUGCUUGAACGAGGUUCCCAGCCUCACCUCCGCCCCCACUUCCCCAUCUCCUUCAACGCCGUCCUUUCUGACUGCAUUCGUGCCAAGAAGCCUGAUCGGAUCGCGUGCCGGACCUAUUCGCUGAGCUCUCUGACAAGCAUGGCAUCACGCCCGAUGCAUCUCCUACAGCAUUCUGCUUAAGUCUCUCUGCUUAACCGGCAAGACCGAUAAGGCCUUGGUGACCUUGAAAGAGAUGGUGGAUGUGAAGCAUAUUGAGCCUAACGCUGUGAUCCACACCACGCUCCUUGAUUCCCUCUACAAGGAAGGGAAGCCAGACGAGGCUGAUUAGCUGUGGAAGGAGAUGGUUGACAAGGGGUGUGCCCGCAAUGUGGCUGCUUACAACGUGAGGGUUAUGCAUCGGGCACUACAUGGGAAGCUGGAGGACGUUCUUGAGCUUAUCGGGGAGAUGGAAGCUGCAGGAAUUAAGCCUGAUACCAUCACAUACCCUUGCCUCAUCACCUGCCAUUGUCAUGCUGGUCAGGUUGAGGAUGCCAAGGCAGUAUACAAGGGACUCAGGAAGAAGGGUUUCAGUCCAAAGGCCUCACCAGAUAGGAUUUUUCUGGCCAAUUUGUGUGAGAAUGGGGAUGUCGACAUGGGAUCGGAGGUGUUUAGGGAUAUCUUGAAGCUGAAUAAGGUUCCAGAUUUUGGUACAAUGAAGCUUUUAGUGGAGGGUAUGGCGAAGAAAUUGCAGAUGCAGGAGGCCAAGGCAGUAGUUGAUCAGGUAAAGAAGCGGUUCCCAGAAAAUUUAGUUGGUGGACGGAAGGAGGUUGGAGAGGAGCUUCGUUUGAUUGCGGAUGUGGAAGUAUCUGACAAUCUAGAGGUUGCUUAAAGCUUCAAAUUCUUGCUUUGAUGUUGGCACCAAAUAGAUCGGUUCGGUGGCUCUUUAGAUGGAAUUGGCUGUUUAAGUGUGGACUGCUAGGAUAAAUAAGGAACUGAGGUACCAACAUUGAAGAGGGACAGGCUUUUGUUAAUGAACUACCAAACACUGCAAAGGCCUCAAGUCUGCCAUGAUGAUUGUAUGGUAUCUGACAAGGCCUGAAUUGUUCUAAAGGAAUGCUUUUGUAGCUUGAUAUGAGUCAGUUGGUUCACUUGAAUCAUAUUUACUUAUAUACCACUAUGUUGCCACAAUCUCAUAUACUUUGGAAUAAUGUUGAAUCCAUAGUUGUUUCAUGUUGAGCAUCGUUUUUAUCGUUGGUCUUAUUGUUACCAUUUGUUAUAAAUGUGAUUGCCAAGUAAUUUGAGGUAGUUGUAUGUUGUUACAAUUUCAUCUAAUAUAUCUGAUUAGUUGUUCAUGCGUUCAUGGAUUGCUUCUAUGUUUGCUAAUGGUAAUGACACAUAUCUGAUGCUUUAGUUGAAGGCCAUGUAAUUGUCAAUAUUGAUUUGGAUUAACUGGGCACAUUAAGGAACAAAACUCGAAAAGGAAGUUUACACUGUUUAUGCUGUCAUUGAUAUAUAGGCAUAAUAAAAUAUGGAUGUUUAUGUGUUUAUAAGCAAAAUACGAAAUGAUUUUGAAGAACGACACACAAACAUAAUAUUUACCCUAUUCAUAGGUUAAGGAGCAUAAAAUGACUUUCACGACGAGGCCUGUAUAUUGUCAACCUAUUUCUUUUGUUUCUUAAAUUAGCAAAUGCUGUUUGAAACCUUGGACAUUUUUGUCAAUAAAAAAAUAUCCAUAUGAACUGUUCCCUCAAAGAAUCAAAUGAAACACACAUUGGAUCUUGUACUAGUGGGAAGAAGUCCUGAAAAUGGGGAUCAAAUUGUCUCCUAAACUCUGGUUAUACUAGUCAUAUUCUUCAGCUAACCUUGUUUGUGGUUUCCUUAUGAUAGAAAAGCCUGAGGCUAAUGGUUAGGUUUUAUUUCUGCAAUGCCUGUAGAGCAGUUAAGGCUAGUAUGGAUUGCAGGGAUAGCAGGGUUGACUACAUUACAAGGGAAGGAUGAGGUGGACUCUUUGAGCUUAUAGUUUGUGUCCUUCUGGAUGUCGAAGUUGUUACAUUGAAGAAGAAAAAAAUUAAUCUCUAUGCACUUUGUUGUAUUUAGAAGUGUAAUUAACUUGCUAAAACAUGAUGCACUCCAUUGUUGUCCAUCCAAAUAACCAAUCUGGAUUUUCAUAUAUGAUUGCAGUGCUCAAACCAUUCAAGUCAUUUGACUUUGUGGUCAUUCUUUCUUUUUACUCUUUUUCUUAUCCUUGACCCUGUGAUUAGACUAUAUGUCUCGUAAAAAGUAAUAAAUUUAGGAAUUUAAUAUUUUUAUUUGGUUAACUGAUUAUGUUAUGGAUGCAUAGUUCUGUAUUUCUAUCUCCACUGUGGCAGCAUAAUUUAGGUGCAUAAUCUAGUUUUGAAUUUCAUAGAUCUGUGGGAGCAAUUUUUAUCUUGCCGAAACCACAAAAAUGGUUCCAUAAAGAGAGAGGAGGUAAAUUAAAUACAAAAGUAUUUUUGAUAUAUUGAUAGGAGCAGCAUUCAUCAUGGCAAUAAUCAGUUGGUUGUUGUUUUUUUUUUCUCGGGUAAAGAGAUAAUAUCAUUUGAUAGCUUAAGGACUAAAUUUGCUUUCCUAUAUGCUUUACCUGGAUUAUGUAAUAAUUUUUGUAGUAAUGCCCCUGCAGAAGCAAUUUUUUAUUUGUCAUUUUAAAAUAUAGAUCAAAAUUAGUUAUUUAAUUUUCAUUAUUCUUUACUCUAGGAAAGAGCUGUAGUUUCUUUAAAUGCAGGUCCAAAAACCUGGAAACACUGAUUGAUGCAUGCCAAUUGGAGACAUAGGUAUGUCUGCAAGCAAUGCUGAUCAACAUAUUUAUGCCAUAUUUCUGGUCUAUAAGUAGCUGUAAGUCAGGUUUUUUGGGCUCCUCAUAGCUAUCUGACCUGUUCAAGCCAGGUUAUGAUAACGUUCUAUUAGGUUUUUAUACAGGUUUCAAUAGAAAUUUAGUUCUUGAGUUUGAUUCAAUAUCUAGUUAAAUUGUGGAAUUCCAGUUUGGAUAGAUAAAAAUUCAUAUGUGCUGCACUUGUCAUUUAGAGAAAUUUAGUUCUUGGGUUAGGGUUCGGGUUUAAGUUCGAGUAAGAUAAUUAAGUUGGACUAACCGGGUGGUGGAUGAGACUAGAAUUUUAUUAGUGCCCUAAUGAUAGAUGCGUAUCCUGUGGUGAUGGCACGGGUUGACAUCACCCGAGCACUGUCAAAGCUUUCACUCAGCCAAGAUGGAGUAGGUGCCUUACUAAUGGCACUAACUAUUUAAUUAGUGCACUGCUGAUACGUUGUUCUUGCUUAAGUUUCUUGAGGGUCCAUGUUUCAACUAAUCUCUCAGGCGUGCAUGUUGAGUGGCAUCCUCUCCCUGAGAGAGAGGACAGAAAAAGGAAGGAAAGCUAAAGGCUCAACGGUUGGUCCAUCGUUGUGAUCAAUCCUUCAGGCUUCGGAUAAGGACGAAGGUGUGCAUGCUUGUUUGGAACAUCUUCUUUUCAGGGCAGGGAAUAUCUAAUUAGCUGAUUCAUUAUUUUGGAUAUUCUGAAUGUGUGUGUGAGGAAUUCCAAUGAACUCUUUUGUUUGACUGGCUUAUAGUUUAUAGGUAGAAGUCCCAAUGCAU